AUGUCUAAAGAACGCUCUGGUGAACUUGAAGAAGAGAACAUCCUAAAAGUAAAUACCAUACAAAAUUGGAUAAAUACAUAUGCCUACGUUUUAAAAGAAAGAGCUACAGAUCGUGAUUUGGCUAAUGAGUGCGAAAAUCAGAAUAAAAGUUGUUUACAACUUAGUUUAAAAAAAUUGCACUUUCAGAAGACUUAUUUUACCUUAUAA